AUUCUCUCUCUCUCUCUCUCUCUCUCUCUCUCUCUGUUCGGGUGUUGUGUUGUUGCUGCCCGCUUCGCUCGCAUCUCACCGAGCGGAGACCUAAAACGGCGAGAUUCCAUCGCGUUCUAGCUAUCAGAUUUGGAGGAGGAACUGCGGCCGGGAUUUAUGUCCGUCAAUCAAUCCAGGGUUGGGAGGUCGGAGGCGCAGCAUAGGAAACCCGUCCGAUCGGGCAGCGCUGGCCAGCAAAAGGGAUUAGUCGGUAGCGGCUGGAAGGGUGGCGAUUCCGUCCCUCGGCCAGCUGUCCACUCGCCCUCAUCCUAUGCUCCUUCUGCUUCCUCAGUCGCGCCGCCAUUGUCGACUGAUCGAAGCUUCAAGAAAGCAGGUAAUGGACACGGCAUUCAAUCUGCAGUAAAUGCAUCCUCAAGUUCUGAAUCAAGCGGUGCUGCUAUUUCUCAUCAAACUCCUGUUGAGAAUGGCGCUUAUCCUCAUAUACGUUCCGGAUAUUCGGAAUCAACAUCACCAGCUGCUACAAAACCUGCUAUCCCUAAAGCUCCGUCUUCUCAAUCAGCUUUUGGACCUUCAACUUCUGCACCAUUGCAAUCACCUAAAGUUGAUGCAUCCAAGGCUUUUACUCUUCAAUUUGGCUCCAUAAAUCCUGGAUUGAUGAAUGGAUUACAGAUUCCUGCUCGGACUAGCUCAGCACCGCCAAAUCUUGAUGAGCAAAAUCGCAACCAGGCCCAUACCAAGUCAAUGGGAGCUAUUUCUUCUAUUUCUGUAUCCUCUGCGCCUAAACCACAGAAGCAUCUAGCAAACAGAAAAGAUGGUGAUGUUCAUCAAUCCAGCAGCGAGGAGUUCAUCUCUGUGCCACAGAUAAAGAGGGAUGCUAGUGUCUCUGUCCCGUCUGCCUUUGCUGUACCUGCACCAAAUUCAUCUGGUCUGCCAAUUGCUGGGAUGCCUUUGCCCAUGCACACACAAUUUCAACCUCAGAAAACACAAGUUCUGCCAAAAUUUGGUGUACCUAGUGUACAGAUGCAUCGGCCUGGUCUUGCAGCCAAUUCAUUGCAAAUGCCAAUGACAUUACCCAUGGGGAAUAACCCUCCAGUUCCACAGCAAAUUCUUGUUCCAAGUAUUCAACCUCAUUUUGUGCAACAACAGGCAAUGAUGCACCAGGGACAAGCUCUUGGGUUUGUUCGUCCAAUUGGUCAACUGUUGCCUCCACAAUUAGGCAGCAUGGGAAUUGGCAUUACUACACAGUUCCCACAGCAACCAGGUAAUUAUGGUGGUCCACGAAAGACCACCACAGUUAAGAUUACUCAUCCAGAUACUCAUGAAGAACUGAGGCUUGACAAGAAUACUGAUUUGAGCAAGGAUGGUGAUGCUUCUGGACAAAGGCCACACCUAAAUGUUAUUUCUCAGCCUCAUCCUUCUCCGUCAUAUCCUCAUCAAACAAAAUUUUCCCAAAUACAACAAAGCUCUUAUAAUCAGUCUCAGAUUAUUUUUCCAACUUCUGUUCCUCCGGGGAGUGGACAGAUACCCACAAACUUACAGACUCCAAGGUAUAGUUAUCCUCUCAAUCAAAUUGGCCCAAAUUUGAACUUCUUAAACUCAUCUGCAAUCAACAAUAUUCCGAGUGGCAAAAGUCCAUCUACAGCUCUGCAUGACAUUUCUGAAGGGCUUCAAUUGGAUGCAUUAUCAAUUUCUGCCUCACUGCCCCCCACAGUCCAGGUAACUAUGAAACCAUCUGUUGGUUUGCAAAGUGUUAAAGCUGGUGCACCUUUGCCCUCACCUUCCGUGGUCAUUACCAUGCCUUCCACCAAGGUAGAACCACCUAUGCUAGUGAAGACUAUUGCAGAUGAGAUUACUCUUAAUCAAAAAAGGACAGAGAUCAAUCCAGGUGGACCUGGCCAGCAACUUAAGUUGAUUUCUGGACCAUCAACCAGUAUCUCUGUUCCUGUCACCAAUACAAGUACCACAACUCCUGAAACACCAAACAGGGAUUCUGGAUCAGUUCUGGAUGGAAAUGAUGGCAAGACAAGUGAAGAUGCUCGAAGAUGUGAUAAUUUAAAAGAUAAUGGGAAGACGAGCAAGUUAGAUGCAACUUCUUCUAAAGGUGUAAAGACGCCUCCUAAAUCUGAAAACAUGACUCUUCCAGACAUUAGACCUACUGAGCCAGUUUUUGGUAGCGGAAUGCCUUUUGCAUCUGUGUCCGUACCAAAAAUAGCAGGUAAUGCUUCAUUUGGUAAUGGUGACUCAUCUUCUGUGGCACCUGAUGUUUUCUCUGGCAAAGAAAAUCUUCCUUCUCAAGCUUCUACCUCACUUAACACUAUGGUUGGUGAAACUGCUAUCUACAAUCUGACGACUGCUAACUUGAGGGUGGGAAGCACAGGUUUGAAUGCUAGGAAAGAAAAAAAAUCUGAGUUAACAGAGGAUAAAAGCCUUGAAGCAUCAAAUGAUUCAUUAGGAGAUUGUAAUGAAGCUAAAGUAGAUUCAUCUUCUACUAUUGCAAAACCUUCUGAAUUUGAGAAAGUUGUAUUGACAAAACAAGAUGACAAACAGGCAGAUUACUUGGAAGGGAUAGUUAUUAAGAAAGAAGAGAUAGACAAGAAACUGCUUAAUGGCUCUAGUGGUGAUUUUGCUGAAUUGAAGGAAAGUAGAACCCAGAACCAAGAAAAUAACUCUACAGAUGCAUCUUUAAACUCAAUUGAUUCUGAAACUGUAGUUGAUUGUGAUCUGUAUGCAAAAGAUGCCAAUGCCCACCUCAAUACCUUCUCAAGCAAACCAAAACUGAAAUCCAGCAAGGAGGAUGAUUUAACAGAUUGUAGUGGAGCACACAUGGAAACAGCCCCUUCCUCUAUUCCAUCUGUUUCCGUGGAACACAAACGAGAUCUUAAAGUUGAUUUGCCUAAUGAUAGAUUGACUUCUUCGACAAUCUUGGGGAAAAAGAGUAAACCUGUGUUAGAUACCAUGAAGCCUAAGAUUACUGCCGGUAAAAAGAAAAAUAGGAGGGAAAUGUUUUCUAAAGCUGAUGCUGCCUGCACAUCUGAUCUUUACACAGCAUACAAGGGCCCGGAGGUAAAAAAUGAGGUGGCUGUUAAAUCAGAAAGUUUACAUAGUCCAACAGCUGCUCCAAAUAUAACACCGAUAGGGUGUCCUGCUAAGGAUGCGGUUUCAAGUGAUGAAGAUAUGCAAAAUAAAACUGAGUCGGAUGAUUGGGAAAACGUAGCUGAUAUAUCUACUCCAAAGCUAAAAACACCAAAACAUUGGCAGCAUGCUGGUGAGGUAAGAAAGCAACAUGAUAGUGAUGUUUGUGAAGCCACUACUUGGAAAAAGUACACCAGGGAUUUUCUAAUUAAACUCUCACAACAUUUUACUCAGCUUCCUGUUGAUUUUGAUACUCGUAUGAAUAUAUCAGAUAUCUUGCUUAUUCCACAAGGAAAAUCAUCAUUGCCAAGUCCUGGGAAGAACAGUGAUCGACCAUCUUCUCGGGGUGAUCGACGUGCUGUUGGGCCGUUGGAUGAUGAUAAAUGGACAAAAUCACAUGCACAUGGACCUUAUGGUUUUGAUGGAAAUGCAGCUAUUAAUCUUCGUCCUGGGCAAGGUGGUAGUCAUGUGGUUGCAAGGAAUCUACCGUGGCAGGCAUCCAAUCAAUCUGGAGGAAUUCUAUCAGGAUCAAUGCAAUCUCAAGCAUCUCAGGGAGGCACACAACGGGGUAAUCUUGAUCCUGGAGAUCGAUGGCAACGAGCCAGAGGUUUGAUACCCUCUCCUCAAACUCCCCUACCGGUAAUGCACCGAGCUGAGAAAAGGUAUGAAAUUGGCAAGGUUUCUGAUGAGGAAGAGGCAAAGCAAAGACAACUAAAAGGCAUCCUUAACAAGCUGACUCCUCAAAAUUUUGAAAAGCUCUUUGCUCAGGUUGUGGAGGUUAACAUAGACAAUCUUGUAACCCUUACUGGUGUCAUCUCACAGAUCUUUGACAAGGCUUUGACGGAACCCACUUUCUGUGAAAUGUAUGCUAAUUUCUGUUUUCAUUUAGCAAGCAAAUUGCCAGAUUUCAGUGAAGCCAAUGAGAAAAUAACUUUUAAAAGAUUGCUCCUUAACAAAUGCCAGGAGGAAUUUGAAAGAGGGGAGAGAGAACAGGCCGAGGCUAAUAAUGUUGAAGAUGAAGGUGAGGUCAAGCUCUCCAAAGAGGAAAAGGAAGAGAAAAGGCUCCGGGCCCGCAGACGUAUGUUAGGUAAUAUACGUUUGAUUGGAGAAUUAUAUAAGGAGAGGAUGUUAACUGAGAGAAUUAUGCAUGAGUGUAUCAAGAAAUUACUGGGUCAAUAUCAAAAUCAAAAUCAAAAUCCUGAUGAGGAAGAUAUUGAAGCACUGUGCAAAUUGAUGAGUACAAUUGGAGAAAUGAUAGAUCACCCCAAGGCAAAGGAACACAUAGAUGCAUAUUUUGACAUGAUGGCCAAGCUUUCAACAAAUCAACAGUUAUCUUCUCGCGUUAGAUUCAUGUUGAGAGAUGCAAUUGAUCUUAGAAAGAACAAAUGGCAACAGAGGCGGAAAGUUGAGGGACCAAAGAAGAUUGAUGAGGUUCACAGAGAUGCAGCACAAGAAAGGCAAGCUCAGUCUAGCAGAUUAUCCCGUGGCCCUGUCAUUAAUAGUGUCGCAAGACGUGGUCAAGCAGCUGAUUAUGGUUCUCGUGGUUCUGCUCCAUUAAGCUCUCCAAGUCCCCAGCAGGUUGGUGGUCAUCGAGCAUUGCCAUCUCAGGCUCGUGGCUAUGGUACCCAAGAUGCACGAUUAGAGGAUAGACAUCAGAUUGAAGGACGAACAGCAUCACUUCCCCUCCAACAUAGAUCUACUGAUGAUGGUUCUAUUACACUUGGUCCUCAAGGUGGCCUAGCACGGGGAAUGUCUAUCCGAGGACACUCAUCAAUAUUGAAUGUCACUUCUGAAAUAUCUGCAAAUAUUGAACAUCAUAGAGUGCCAUCUUGUACAAACAAUACUAUUUAUACAGCAGGAAGGUCUACUAGAGCAACAUAUGAUCAACUAAGUCCUCAAGAUCAUAACAAUCAGUACGGCAGCAGAGAUGUAAAGAUUUCAGAUUGUACAUUUGAGAGAUCUUCAACAAGUAAUCUACCUGGUGGGCAAUUGCAUGCCACUUCUAAUAGCAGCCUAGCUCCAAUUUCUGGAACAAAAACCUUUUCAAAAGAAGCUUUGCAAGAAAAAUCCAUUUCAGCAAUUAGAGAGUACUACAGUGCCAAGGAUGAGAAGGAAGUUGCAUUAUGCAUCAAGGAAUUAAAUGCUCCAAGUUUUUAUCCGACUAUGGUAUCAGUAUGGAUUACUGACUCCUUUGAGAGAAAUAAUGGGGAAAGGGAUCUCCUAGUGAAGCUUAUUAUCAACCUCUACAAAUCUAGAGAUUGUUUGCUUAAUCAAUCGCAACUACUCCAAGGGUUUGAAUCUGUUCUUGCUUCAUUGGAGGAUGCUGUAAAUGAUGCGCCAAGAGCGCCAGAGUUUCUUGGUCGCAUCUUUGCCAAAACUAUUUUGGAAGAUGUGACAGCUUUGAGCGAUGUAGGAAGAUUGAUACUUCGAGGAGGUGAAGAACCAGGCCAACUGAGAGAGGUUGGCCUAGCUGCAGAGGUGCUUGGGAACAUAUUGGAGACCUUAGAAUUGGAAAAAGGAGUUUCCAUUAUGAAUGAGAUCCGAGUUAGUUCGAAUCUCCAGCUAAAUGAUUUCUUACCGCCGUCUCCACUUAAAGCAAAAAAGUUGGAUGCUUUUCUGUAGGUUGAAUGGUGCUCUGUAUAGAGCAGUAUGUUCUUGUUUUUAGGCACUUUAGGAAAUCGAUUCAUCCAUCCAUAAAACAGUUGCUGGGACACAACAAAGGCAUUAUUUAUGGGAUGUUUUCAUAUUUGCUCCUAGUCCAGUUCCAAUAGGGGCUAGGGAGGCAAGCUUUUUGACCUGCAGUUGAUAAAAGGUUUUGUUUGCUUUUUUUUUUUUAAGAUUUAAAGUACAUUAAAAUCAGAUUCAUUCACAUUCAUUUUUUGAAUGCUGUGAUAUUUUCUUUUUUAAUCUUUGAUUCCAGUAUGGUUUCAAGCGCAACCAUGGUCAGUGAGAAUUCGGAGUUUUUCAACUGAGGAAUGCGAGGUUAGUGACAGUGUAUUGCCGGAUCAACUUGGUUAAUGUAGUUCUCUCUGUUCUUCUGAGUUUAACAAUGCUAUCUUUGACAGACAGCGAUUCAGAAUUUUAAUAUUGUUUUUUGGCUUCUCAUCGAAUAUUAUAAUGUUAAUUCUAUUAUCAUCUUCA